UUGAAAAUUGAUAACCGUGAAAUAUAGAAUAAAACAUGUCUCAUUGUAAGAUGCAUAAUGUAAGAUUCUAUAAUCCAGAACCAAGAGCUAUUCGGUGUAUGGCUCUUCAGGAUAAUACUAAAAAACUGGCUAUAUCUAGGUCGGAUGCCAGUAUAGAAAUUUGGAACUUGAAUAAUGUAUGGUUCUCAGAACACUUCAUAGCUUCCACUACUGAAAACUUCAGUAUUGAAGGCUUGGCCUGGUGUGGAAAUCGUUUAUUCAGCGUUGGACUACAUGGUUUGUUGAUUGAAUAUAACAUUUUGAGACUGUGCUUAGGAAAUCGCUGGGCAGUCACUGGUGAAGCUGCAUAUUGUUUAGAUGUGAACAAAACCAAUUCAAGAAUUGCUGUGGGUACUGAACAAGGUUAUUUGAAUAUUUCCAGAGUGGAAGAAGAUGGCCUUUCAUUUGAAAAGUUCUUUGAUAAACAAGAAGGCAAGAUCAUUUGUCUAAAGUUUAGUCAUGAUGGAGAGUUUGUUGUGUCUGGUAGUGUUGAUGCAAUAAGAGUAUGGAAUGUUACAUCAGGUCAUGCCAUUCACAAAAUGACAACUGGUAGAUCAGAAACCAACAAAGCUACUAUUGUGUGGUGUCUAGAAGUUACUAAUGAUUUUACAAUCAUCAGUGGAGACUCAAGAGGAAAACUGACUUUCUGGGAUGGCAAAGUGGGAUCACAAAUUGAAAGCUACCAAUCACACAGGGCUGAUAUACUGGCUAUUUGCCUAUCAGAGAACCAAACAUAUCUGUGUUGUGCUGGAGCUGACCCAAAUAUCAUCACUUAUGAGAUGAUAAAUGUGAAGGAUGGUGCUAGAAAAUGGGUGAAGAGCAUUCAAAGAAAAAUUCAUGAACAUGAUGUGAAUGCCUUGAUUAUAUUGGACAAUAAACUCUAUUCUGGGGGAGCUGAUAGUUAUUUGGCCUGUAGUUAUCAUCCACCAAAAACUCUCCUCAAAUUGCCACCACUACAGAAUCCAAGCAUCCAGAUUUCUGCAGCUUCCAAGUACCUGCUGCUGCAGUACCCAAAACAUGUUGAGUUAUGGAGACUUGGUAGAACACGAGAUGUUGAAGCUAGUUAUAGGGGUUUCCUGACAUUGGAGAAGGAUCCAAAAAAAUUGUUGGUGCUGCAGAGAACUACCAAAGAUUAUGAUGGUGAUAAGGAAAGAGAAGGGGUUAUUUGUUCAUCUAUGUCAAAAGAUGGGCAAUGGUUGUUGUUCAGUACCAAUUUAGGAGUUAGUCUGUUCCAGUUCUCAUGUGAAGAUGAUAAACCAGUGCUUCUGAAAAUAGAUGAUUUAGAUGAGAGUGAUGUUCCAUGUCUCAGAGCUGUAUUUUCACCAGAUAAUUCCCAAUUGAUAACAGCUCCAAAUAUUGGUGGUUUACUAUUAUAUCAUCUUCAAGAAGAUAAAGCUUCUAUCUCACAAAGGAUUGUAGUGGAAGGUUUGACAGAUAGUGUUUCCUUCUUGAAUAUUACAAAUUGUGGGAAGUAUUUGAUAGUGGGUGAUGCUAGUAGUAAUAUAGUUAUAUUUUCUUGGUAUAGAAAUAAACAAUGGACACAUCACUGUAAAUUACCAAAAUAUAAAUUCCCACCAACUGCUAUGGCAGCUCACCCAACCACACUCUGUUUAGUUGUAGUAUAUUCAGACAAUAAGAUUGUUGAAUAUGAUUUGAAAAAGAGACAUUUUACAAAUUUCUCAAAACAGCUUGAGAAUACUGACUUGAAGUCAAGAAUGUACCCUAUUAGAAAUAUUACAUUUGACCCUAGAGCAGAAAACAUAAUCUUGUUACAUGAUGACAACAGUAUUAUAAUAUUCAACAAAGGAAAGGCACAGAAGUCUCCCAAAAAAACGAAGAUUCCAAAAGUUGAAUCUGCAGAUUCCGUGAAGGAAAACGGGGUGGACAAGCCAUAUGAAGGGAUACGGUAUCAGGUCAAUAAAAGAUACAAGCACCUGGCCCAUUUGGAAUGGUUAGCAGACGAUGAGAUAGUAGCAGUAGAAGUAAACCCCCUUGCCCUUAUGGAACAACUUCCCCCAGCCUUUGCACAAAAUACUUUCGGCAGAAAGUAAAACAGAUUAUAAUUUUAGUUUCGCACAAUAAAUCAUUGUUUUUA